GGUUCAAUUUUCUCAACAACAAAUCAAGCCUGAAAAUUCACUUCACAGACCUUUAGCCUUCACAAGUUCUUUAAUUUGCUCUUCACUAUUAAUUGAAUUUCUUUAUAAUGGAUAUGGUGAUGAAGUUGGGAGCAGGUAGCCCAGUAGUGAUAUUCACAAAGAGUAGUUGUUGCAUUUCUCAUAGCAUCGAAAUCCUAAUCCGUAGUUUUGGAGCAAACCCUACAGUUUACGAGUUAGAUACACAUCCAAAUGAGAAGCAAAUGGAGAACGCAUUGAUUGAACUAGGGUGUCAGCCAAGUGUGCCAGCAAUUUUUAUAGGGAAUGAGUUAGUUGGUGGUGCUAAUGAGAUCAUGAGCCUUAAUGUGAGGGGCAAGCUUAAACAAUUGCUCAUUAGGGCUAAUGCCAUUUGGGUAUAGAAAUUAAUAAUGACUUGGUAGCAAGUCUAGGAAUUUUGACAAUAGAUCAACCAUUAGUGGCGUUAACUU